AAAAAUAAUUAAAGAAACAUGCACGCAAGUAUUUUAUUAAAUUUAAAAUUAGCCCUGCAUGGAAAUAAAUUCUGGGUAGUCAGCUGUUGUGCAACUUGACGGCAGCCAGCACCAACUUACUGCACGCUUGUAAGCCACGGCGCGAGCCAGGAGCUGGAAGACAUACUGCUUAAAUUCCCCGGUAUCUAAACCUUUUAUGACGAAUUCCUAUAUUUUCAGUAAAAAGAGUUGCAAAUGAAGAUAAAUAAGUUUGAAUUAACUCUGAUAUUUUGAAACAAUUUUAAAUGCAGUAUAUAGCAGCGGAUGAAAAUUUUAAUUUAGUAAAUUUUAAAAUCAUGAUGAAUGUAUGUACAAACACCGUUUUUAUGCUGGCAUAGUUUGAAACAAAUGAUUUGGUUAAUUUUUAAUUAAUUUUAUUUCAGAUAUUAUAUCAAUUUGUGUUAGACAUAUGUGCGUUUUCACCAGUCCCAUCGAUGCACCCUUUUGCAAGACCAUCAUGCCCUUUCAUUUGUCAAGAGUUUAACCUUUUUUAUAUUUAAUUAACUGCUAAAAUUUCAUUAAAACCAAAAUACUCUUUCUCUCUUUCGGUCAAUAGAACUUUGGUCUAGAACACCGUCAAUAAAAGUGGAGCGGCUGGCAAUAAACCCGACUAAAACAACUCCCCAGUCAACAAAUGAGUAAUAAAAUAUUCGGGUGUUUAUUCAAAUGCGCGGGUGGUGCCACCUGGGUGGUGGAAUGCGCGACCGGGGGCGGCAAAAAUGGACAGCUACAGCGCAGAGGAGGCCAACCUUUCGUACCUGGGACCGGACGAGGGGGUGGCAGGGGCGGAAAUGGCCGUCAAGGUCAUCUGCCUUGGGGACAGCGCGGUGGGCAAGUCCAAGUGCGUCGAGCGCUUCCUCAUGGACGCGUUCCAGCCGCGCCAGCUGUCGACGUACGCGCUGACGCUGUACGAGCACCACACGGUGGUGCGCGGCACGCAAGUGCGCGUCGACUUUUGGGACACGGCCGGACAGGAGCAGUUCAACAACCUGCAUCCGUCGUACUUUCACGCGGCCCACGCCUGCAUCCUGCUCUUCGACGCCACCAGAAAGGUGACGUACAAGAACCUGGCGCGGUGGCUGCAGGAGCUGCGCAAGUACCGCCCGCACAUCCCUGUACUGGUCGGCGCCAACAAAAUCGACGCCGACCUGGAGGUAACGCGUCGCUCGUUCGCCUUCCCGCAGCGCAAUGGACUGCCGUUACACUUUGUGUCCGCUUCGGACGGAACCAACGUCGUCAAGCUGUUCCAAGACGCCAUCGAGGCUGCGGUUGAGUACAAGCUGAACCCCACGGACGACGCCGACCGAAUCCUGGACGAGCUGGACAGGCUGUGAGAGAGACUUCGAUCGACGUCCAAGGCUGACUCGGGACCAAUUAAAUUCUAAUUCACUCUUAAACCGGGCCAAUUGAGAAGGAGAGAUGUGUUCCACGCUGUGUUUUCAAAGCGCCCGCGCCUCUUAAUUUCGCUGCAUAUUAGUCACGCAGGAGAAAUCCGAAUUUGUAAUUUACACCGUGUAAGCUGAAUAAAUAAAUUUAAUCAAACCGCU